AUGAGGCAGAAAAAAACAGAACUUUCUAGGCCAGCCAUCGGAGGAGUCAUCUCGCUCUCAUCGCCUCUCUCGCAACCAUCACGUAUCCGACCCAUCGUCUCACUCCCAUCGCCUCACUCGCAUCGCCUCACUCCCAUCGCCUCGCGCCCAUUGUCUCACUCCCAUCGUCUCACGCCCAUUGACUCAUUCCCACCUUCUCACUCCCAUCGUCUCACUCCCGCCGUCUCACUCCCAUCGUCUCACUCCCAUCGUCUCACUCCCACCAUCUCACUCCCAUCGCCUCACUCCCAUCGUCUCACUCCCAUCGUCUCACUCCCAUCGUCUCACUCCCAUCGUCUCACUCCCAUCGUCUCACUCCCAUCGUCUCACUCCCAUCGUUUCACUCUCAACAUCUCACUCCCAUCAUCUCACUCCCAUCGUCUCACUCCCAUCGUCUCACUCCCAUCGUCUCACUCCCAUCGUCUCACUCCCAUCGUCUCACUCCCAUCGUCUCACUCCCAUCGUCUCACUCCAAUCGCCUCACUCCCAUCUCAACACUCCCAUCGUCUCACUCCUAUCGCCCCACUCGCAUCGUCUCAUUCCCAUCGCCUCACUCCCAUCAUCUCACUCCCAUUGUCUCACUCCCAUCGUCUCACUCCCAUCGUCUCACUCCCAUCGUCUCACUCCCAUCGUCUCACUCCCAUCGUCUCACUCCCAUCGCCCCACUCGCAUCGUCUCACUCCCAUCGCCUCACUUCCAUCGUCUCACUCCCAUCGUCUCACUCCCAUCCCCCUUCUCACUCCCGUCGUCUCACUCCCAUCAUCUCAAUCCCGUCGUCUCACUCCCAUCGUCUCACUCCCAUCGUCUCACUCCCAUCUUCUCAUUCCCAUCAUCGCACUCCCAUCGUCUCACUCCCAUCGUCUCACUCCCAUCGUCUCACUCCCAUCGUCUCACUCCGACCGUCUCGCUCCCACCGUCUCACUCCCAUCGUCUCACUCCCAACGUCUCCCGUCGUCUCAUUCCCAUCGUCUCCCUCCCAACUUUUCACUCCCAAAGUCUCCCUCUUACCGUCUCCCCCCCACCGUCUCACUCCCAUCGUCUCACUCCCAUCGUCUCACCCCCACCGUCUCACUCCCAUCGUCUCACUCCCAUCUUCUCAUUCCCAUCGUCUCAUUCCCAUCGCCUCACUCCCAUCGUCUCACUCCCAUAGUCUCAUUCCCAUCGUCCCAUUCCCAUCGUCUCAUUCCCAUCGUCUCACUCCCAUCGUCUCACUCCCAUCGUCUCACUCCCAUCGUCUCACUCCCAUCGUCUCACUCCCAUCGUCUCACUCCCAUCGCCUCGCUCCCACCGUCUCACUCCCAUCUUCUCACUCCCAUCGUCUCAUUCCCAUCGUCUCACUCCCAUCGUCUCACUCCCAUCGUCUCACUCCCAUCGUCUCAUUCCUAUCGUCUCACUCCCAUCGUCUCACUCCCAUCGUCUCAUUUCCAUCGCCUCUCUCCCAUCGUCUCACUCCCAUCGUCUCAUUCCCACCUUCUCACUCCCGUCGUCUCACUCCCAUCAUCUCACUCCCGUCGUCUCACUCCCAUCGUCUCACUCCCAUCGUCUCACUCCCAUCUUCUCAUUCCCAUCAUCGCACUCCCAUCGUCUCACUCCCAUCGUCUCACUCCCAUCGUCUCACUCCCAUCGUCUCACUCCCAUCGUCUCGCUCCCACCGUCUCACUCCCAUCGUCUCACUCCCAACGUCUCCCGUCGUCUCAUUCCCAUCGUCUCCCUCCCAACUUUUCACUCCCAAAGUCUCCCUCUUACCGUCUCCCCCCCACCGUCUCACUCCCAUCGUCUCACUCCCAUCGUCUCAUUCCCACCGUCUCACUCCCAUCGUCUCACUCCCAUCUUCUCAUUCCCAUCGUCUCAUUCCCAUCGCCUCACUCCCAUCGUCUCACUCCCAUCGUCUCACUCCCAUCGUCUCACUCCCAUCGUCUCACUCCCAUCGUCUCACUCCCAUCGUCUCACUCCCAUCGUCUCACUCCCAUCGUCUCACUCCCAUCGUCUCACUCCCAUCGCCUCGCUCCCACCGUCUCACUCCCAUCUUCUCACUCCCAUCGUCUCAUUCCCAUCGUCUCACUCCCAUCGUCUCACUCCCAUCGUCUCACUCCCAUCGUCUCACUCCCAUCGUCUCACUCCCAUCGUCUCACUCCCAUCGUCUCACUCCCAUCGUCUCACUCCCAUCGUCUCAUUCCCACCGUCUCACUCCCAUCGUCUCAUUCCCAUCGUCUCACUCCCAUCGUCUCACUCCCAUCGUCUCACUCCCAUCGUCUCACUCCCAUCGCCUCACUUCCAUCGUCUCACUCCCAUCGUCUCACUCCCAUCCCCCUUCUCACUCCCGUCGUCUCACUCCCAUCAUCUCACUCCCGUCGUCUCACUCCCAUCGUCUCACUCCCAUCGUCUCACUCCCAUCUUCUCAUUCCCAUCAUCGCACUCCCAUCGUCUCACUCCCAUCGUCUCACUCCCAUCGUCUCACUCCCAUCGUCUCACUCCCAUCGUCUCGCUCCCACCGUCUCACUCCCAUCGUCUCACUCCCAACGUCUCCCGUCGUCUCAUUCCCAUCGUCUCCCUCCCAACUUUUCACUCCCAAAGUCUCCCUCUUACCGUCUCCCCCCCACCGUCUCACUCCCAUCGUCUCACUCCCAUCGUCUCAUUCCCACCGUCUCACUCCCAUCGUCUCACUCCCAUCUUCUCAUUCCCAUCGUCUCAUUCCCAUCGCCUCACUCCCAUCGUCUCACUCCCAUCGUCUCACUCCCAUCGUCUCACUCCCAUCGUCUCACUCCCAUCGUCUCACUCCCAUCGUCUCACUCCCAUCGUCUCACUCCCAUCGUCUCACUCCCAUCGUCUCACUCCCAUCGUCUCACUCCCAUCGCCUCGCUCCCACCGUCUCACUCCCAUCUUCUCACUCCCAUCGUCUCAUUCCCAUCGUCUCACUCCCAUCGUCUCACUCCCAUCGUCUCACUCCCAUCGUCUCACUCCCAUCGUCUCACUCCCAUCGUCUCAUUCUCAUCGCCUCUCUCCCAUCGUCUCACUCCCAUCGUCUCAUUCCCACCGUCUCACUCCCAUCGUCUCAUUCCCAUCGUCUCACUCCCAUCGUCUCACUCCCAUCGUCUCACUCCCAUCGUCUCACUCCCAUCGCCUCACUUCCAUCGUCUCACUCCCAUCGUCUCACUCCCACCUUCUCACUCUCGUCGUCUCACUCCCAUCAUCUCACUCCCGUCGUCUCACUCCCAUCGUCUCACUCCCAUCGUCUCACUCCCAUCUUCUCAUUCCCAUCAUCGCACUCCCAUCGUCUCACUCCCAUCGUCUCACUCCCAUCGUCUCACUCCCAUCGUCCCACUCCGAUCGUCUCGCUCCCACCGUCUCACUCCCAUCGUCUCACUCCCAACGUCUCCCGUCGUCUCAUUCCCAUCGUCUCCCUCCCAACUUUUCACUCCCAAAGUCUCCCUCUUACCGUCUCCCCCCCACCGUCUCACUCCCAUCGUCUCACUCCCAUCGUCUCAUUCCCACCGUCUCACUCCCAUCGUCUCACUCCCAUCUUCUCAUUCCCAUCGUCUCAUUCCCAUCGCCUCACUCCCAUCGUCUCACUCCCAUCGUCUCACUCCCAUCGUCACAUUCCCAUCGUCUCAUUCCCAUCGUCUCACUCCCAUCGUCUCACUCCCAUCGUCUCACUCCCAUCGUCUCACUCCCAUCGUCUCACUCCCAUCGUCUCACUCCCAUCGUCUCACUCCCAUCGUCUCACUCCCAUCGUCUCACUCCCAUCGUCUCACUCCCAUCGCCUCGCUCCCACCGUCUCACUCCCAUCUUCUCACUCCCAUCGUCUCAUUCCCAUCGUCUCACUCCCAUCGUCUCACUCCCAUCGUCUCACUCCCAUCGUCUCACUCCCAUCGUCUCACUCCCAUCGUCUCACUCCCAUCGUCUCACUCCCAUCGUCUCACUCCCAUCGUCUCAUUCCCACCGUCUCACUCCCAUCGUCUCAUUCCCAUCGUCUCACUCCCAUCGUCUCACUCCCAUCGUCUCACUCCCAUCGUCUCACUCCCAUCGCCUCACUUCCAUCGUCUCACUCCCAUCGUCUCACUCCCAUCCCCCUUCUCACUCCCGUCGUCUCACUCCCAUCAUCUCACUCCCGUCGUCUCACUCCCAUCGUCUCACUCCCAUCGUCUCACUCCCAUCUUCUCAUUCCCAUCAUCGCACUCCCAUCGUCUCACUCCCAUCGUCUCACUCCCAUCGUCUCACUCCCAUCGUCUCACUCCCAUCGUCUCGCUCCCACCGUCUCACUCUCAUCGUCUCACUCCCAACGUCUCCCGUCGUCUCAUUCCCAUCGUCUCCCUCCCAACUUUUCACUCCCAAAGUCUCCCUCUUACUGUCUCCCCCCCACCGUCUCACUCCCAUCGUCUCACUCCCAUCGUCUCAUUCCCACCGUCCCACUCCCAUCGUCUCACUCCCAUCUUCUCAUUCCCAUCGUCUCAUUCCCAUCGCCUCACUCCCAUCGUCUCACUCCCAUCGUCUCACUCCCAUCGUCUCACUCCCAUCGUCUCACUCCCAUCGUCUCACUCCCAUCGUCUCACUCCCAUCGUCUCACUCCCAUCGUCUCACUCCCAUCGCCUCGCUCCCACCGUCUCACUCCCAUCUUCUCACUCCCAUCGUCUCAUUCCCAUCGUCUCACUCCCAUCGUCUCACUCCCAUCGUCUCACUCCCAUCGUCUCACUCCCUUCGCCUCGCUCCCAUCGUCUCACUCCCAUCGUCUCACUCCCAUCGUCUCACUCCCAUCGUCUCACUCCCAUCGUCUCACUCCCAUCGUCUCACUCCCAUCGUCUCACUCCCAUCGUCUCACUCCCGCUGUCUCACUCCAAUCGUCUCACUCCAAUCGUCUUACGCCCACCGUCUCACUCUCACCGUCUCACUCUCACCGUUUCACUCCCAUCGUCUCACUCCCACCGUCUCACUCACACGUCUCACUCCCACCGCCUCACUCUCACCGUUUCACUCUCACCGUCUCCGUAUCACCGCCUCACUCCCACCGCCUCACUAUUACCGUCUCACAAGGAGGUAAUCAUGCCGGUGGUGUCGCAUGCGAGGCCCGGGGCAGUGGUGCAUUUUUUAGUCGACUCAAAAGUCCCUCGCAAAUCGACCACUGACAGACAGAGACACCGUCUCAAACCCACCGCCGCACUCCCAUGGUCUCACAGGGAAAGAAUCAUGCCGGUGGUGUCGCAUGUGACGCCCGUGGCCGUGGUGCAUUCUGCAUUCGCGCCGCUCCAUUUUAGCCGACUCAAAAACAGACUCACAGGGAUAGAAUCAUGCCGGUGGUGUCGCAUGUGA